GAGGCUGCGGUUCAGCGCCUUCAAACCUGCAGUUUAGCCAGCCUAAGCUGAUUCAAUAAUAAUUAUUAAAAACAACAAAAUAAACAAUACGGGCUCGGUCGAGCUGCUCAUCUAUUGUUCGUGGAUCCACCGCCUCGUCACGCGGCCGCGCUCCUCCUCCCCUCCCGGCGCGCUGCUUCCUCCGAGUAGAUCCGCCAAGGCAGCCGUCAGCCCCCGCUGUGCGACCCACUGAACGCGGCUACUGGUUAUACAGCGAACCUGUAUCGUAAGCGUAAGUAAUGACCGCGGCGCCGUUUUUAGGAUUUUAUUUAUCCCGGAUUAUAAGGCGAAACUACGGCCCGGCCAGCCGGCCGAACAGCGCCGCUCCCGUCGCCGUUGCAGCCCGCGCCGGCUCUGAUGCUUUCCGCGCGCUUCCGGAGCUUCGCGCGCGUCUGCACACGGCACUGCCGCGAGUGCGGGGUGCACAACUAAAAAAACUGCCGGUGGCGCUCCGUCUCCACAGCCUGCCGUGUGUACGCGGCUUAUAAACAGCGGAAGGCGGCUGCCGGCUCCGGUUUUCCCGUUAAUAGCAUGCAGUCGGACGGUAUUACGCGCGGGCGAGGCCCCUGUCCAGGCCUACGGAGUGCAGCCCGCAUCCCUGCCACGACUCACGACUAGCCGCCUGUGUUUUAUUAAGCACGCGGGCCGCUCGCGGACCUGUGCGUCUAUUUAGCACGUUAGCAUGCUAAUGCUAAGCACCACGAGUCGCUCCAGCCGAGUCGGGCUGAAUGCUGGCGGCCGCCGUAUAUGGACGCGGAGGGGUUUUUCCCUCCUUACUGGCAUCCUUUGGUUAUCAGGGUCAGAAUGGCGAAUUUAAUUUAAUGGGUGAAUUGAAUGCUAAUAUGCAGCAUGAUGCUAAUCUGGCGGGGUCCCGGUCAGGGCGGGGAGAGGCGUUGGGGGUACCUGGGCGCACUCGAGGGGGGGGGUGCUGUCUGCUCGGCUCACCGUGUUUGUUCGUUGGUUAAAUAUGCCCUGCAAGCCGGAAGGCUUCCUUGAUGUAACCGUGGGAUAAGAGAUGCCCCAUGUCUGAGUUCCCCCUACACAUUUGCAGCUUUCAGUUUAAUCGUUUUUAAAAACCAGUGUGGCCAUUAAUAUAUGCAGUUUAUGGUUUCUGGCUGGUCUGUCCAGGACGUCUGGUUUCCAAAACAGCUAUUUGUUGUUGUUUUGGCUUAUUGGCAUACAUAUGGAUUUAUUGCAGGUGCUAAAUCAACAGUCAGGUAAAACGGAAGCAGGAACGAGGAGGAAGUGAUGUGUUUGGCACGGUGUUAUGUUUGUUACUUUAUAAAUUCGGUCAUCAGUGUGUUCAGUCUCAGCAUGUCCGGGGGUGCACCUUCUGUGUCCAAGCGGUGUCUUAGUGAAAAUGUCGUUGAAGGUGGUCACCCAAAGCAGUAACAACCUUGCAUGAUGUGAGAGAAGUUUCUUUUAAUUUUCAGCUUUGAGCUGGAGAGUUAUUGGUGUAGUUGUUGGAGGCCGGUCACAACACACCUAGGUGUGAUGUUUUUUGAACAUAGUGUAAAAAAAAAAUUAGGUGAAUAUAUGUCCUGUGAAAAAAUAUUACGGUGUAUAUUUCUUCUUCAGGGUUUUAUUAUUUUUGAUGAAUCUGCCGUGCUUUAACCUCUGUCUGGACAAACUGAUGUUUUUUUUGCCAGACACUGAUGGGUGUCAUGUCUGGUUUGGAUGUGAGAAAAGCCUUUAUUAGAAGGCUACCUUCUAUACUCUGUUUAAUUAGGUAACAGCAUCUGUUCAGAGAGAGGAUUACCUCAGUUAAUCAAGGUCUCCUCUGGAACAAACAGCGGAGUGUGCCUCACCCUCUCAGGCCUGGCCGUACUUCCACAAUGGUACCUUUUAUGAAGAGCGUCAGGCUGUGUCCAGCCGGGCUUUCGGAAACCUGACGGGUCGUUUAGCAGGCGUCUGCUCCAGCAUUUGCGUCGACGCUUAGAUGAGAGUUCAGAAAAAACAUUUAAUCGCGAAGUGGCGCUGCUGUUGACAAGAUAUGACCAUGGCAGUGAUGAGACAGGGAAACACCGAGGUCCUUUGGGGGGUCUUUCUGUUAUGCUGGCUGGGAUGCCUCAGUGACGUGGCCCCCAACUGCACCACGACACAGGCUGGACCCCAAGGUCAGCUCCUCUCGGCCGUAAACACGCAAGUGGCUGAGCAAAUGCAGCGACGGCAACUGGAGGAGCUUUUCAGGAGGUACGGCGAGAACGGCACCAUCUCCCUGGACGGCCUCAAGCGGCUGUUGAAGAGCGUAGGCCUCGCCCACGUCCGACAGCUGAACGUGCGCCACCGAGAGCACAGCGGGCUGGGCUAUGAGGAAGGUGGGAGACAACAGCAUCGCCAUCAUGGGCAUCACGGUCAUCCUCCACACCAGCACUCGGACUUCGAGGAGGUGCCCCACCGCCAGGGCUCUGCCGGGGGGAAGCGGGUGGCCAAAUCCUCCAAAGACCCAAGGGACGAAGCGGCGCUAGGGAAGAAAACGGAGAGCUCAGAUGCACAUCACAACCUCUACGUUAAGAAGGGCCCGCUGGAGCUCAGCACCACGCCAGUGUACACCACCAACAUCCUGCUCAAAUCGCAGGAGGUGCGGGCUCGGAGAAACGCUGAUACCGACCAGCCCCGUGAUGGUCCCCCUGCUGAUGGGGAGGCCAACCCUACCUCGCCGGGCCCAGCUAGCAGUGGGCCGCAGAUCAGCAACCUUCUGGUCACAGGAGAGCAGUCUCUGACUGUACCAACGCACCAAGAGGUGCCUGAUCUUCGGAAAUCUGAUAAGGAAGAGCAUGAUCAGGAUCACGAGCAUGACCAUGACCACGACCAGGACCAUGACCAGGACCACGACCACAGCCAUGACCAGGACCACGACCACAGCCAUGACCAGGACCACGAUCACAGCCAUGACCAGGACCACGACCACAGCCAUGACCAGGACCACGACCACAGCCAUGACCAGGACCACGACCAGCAUCACGAUCAUGACCACAAUCAUGAGCAUCCCAAAGUUGAGUGCUUAAAUGCCAGCAGGCUCCUGACGGCCCAUGGAAUGACGUCAGAAAUGGUGCUCUCGCUCACUGACUUUGGCUACUUGUGUCCAGCCCUGCUCAAUCAGAUUGACUCCAAGUCCUGCAUCCGGCACCAGGGGGAUCACCACUGUUUAGAUCACGACCAUAAACACUGUCACCAUUCUCACCACGAACAUACCAACACCAGCCCGAAAACAACUUCAAUCCACACAGAGUGGUUAGGAGGAUUUGUAUCCAUAACCAUCAUCAGCCUGCUGUCUCUCCUGGGGGUGGUGCUGAUACCGCUGAUGAAUCGCAUCUUCUUCAAGUUCCUCCUGAGCUUCCUGGUGGCAUUGGCCGUGGGCACGCUUAGUGGGGACGCCUUUCUGCACCUUAUCCCGCAUUCCCAGAAAGGUCAUCACCACACCGACCAUGGGGUCGAAGCCCAUGAUGAGCACGCUAGCGGCCUGGACCCGGUGUGGAAGGGGCUCACCGCCCUUUCUGGCGUCUACCUCAUGUUCCUCAUCGAGCAUUUCCUCACACUCGGCAAGAUGUAUAAAGAGAAGAAGCUCAAGAGCCAGAAGAAGUGGGAUCAUAAUGAAGACAAUACAGAGAAUAAGCUGCCGGCCGUGGAGGAUACCGAUGGCUUAAAGCCAGCCGAAGAUGUGGAGAUGAAUGGGGCUGGGGGCUUAUCAGAGAGGCCUAACUUCAUGUCAGACCCAUCCGGGCAAGGUGUGGCAGAAGAGGAGCAGGUGAUGCUGGCGCCCCCUGCAGUCCCAGAGGGGUAUGACGCAUACACCUCAGAGGACUGCGAGAACAAGUGCCACUCGCACUUCCACGAUACCGUGGGCCAGCCGGAUGACCUGCACCACCAUCACCAUGACUACCACCACAUCCUGCACCACCACCAUUCGCAGAACCACCACCCCCACAGCCACUCGCACCCAUACUCCCAGCAGCAUUUUCAGGAGGCGGGAGUGGCGACACUGGCCUGGAUGGUAAUCAUGGGCGAUGGACUGCACAACUUCAGCGAUGGCCUGGCCAUCGGUGCUGCAUUCACUGAAAGCCUGUCCAGCGGCCUGAGUACCUCAGUGGCUGUGUUCUGUCAUGAGCUUCCACAUGAGUUGGGUGACUUUGCUGUGCUGCUGAAGGCUGGCAUGACAGUGAAGCAGGCCAUCCUGUACAACGUGCUGUCUGCCAUGAUGGCGUACCUGGGCAUGAUCACUGGCAUCCUCAUUGGCCAUUACGCAGAAAACGUCUCCAUGUGGAUAUUCGCCCUGACCGCCGGCCUCUUCAUGUACGUCGCGCUGGUGGACAUGAUGCCGGAGAUGCUUCACAACAACGCCGGGGACCACGGCUUCAGCCACUGCGGCUACUUCCUCCUGCAGAACGCCGGCAUCCUGUUGGGAUUUAGCAUCAUGCUGCUCAUCGCCAUCUUCGAGCACAAGAUCCAGCUGGACUUGGGGCCCUAACAUGCAGGGUGCUGGGCGAUCACUACCGCCCCCCCCCCGCCCCCAUCAGCCAUCUUCAUGUCAAUCCAUCUCUCACAAUCCCACAGUGAUAAUUAGUUUUGUUCCUUCGAUUUUCUAAAUUAUGAUAUAAAAAAAAAAAAAAAAGUCGUGACCUUUUUUCCCGACCUCUUCAUUGGAUGAUUGUGUAUUUUUUUCCCUUCCUUUGGGUUGGGGAGGGGCGCUGUGACUAUCUGCAAGACAUUUUUGCUGCAAGAUUUUUCCUGUUACAGUGUGUUUGCAUUAUGGCAGGGAAAAUGUUUUACUUUAGCUGUUAAUAGAACCGAUGGUUCCAGAUUAGGUAGAACCGAAUGCCAGUCAAAGCACCAAGAAGUUACAAGUUACAAACCUAUCUACUUAUUUUCUGUGUGUCAUGAGGCAUUCACUAAGUUAACGUGUAUCAACCGCUGUGCCACAGCAGCACCAGCCUGCCACCAUUGGCAGUGGUUAAUGCCAAUCAUUGUUGUUUUAUGGUUUAGCCGUAAAAGCUUGUUUUAUUGAAUCCACAGCAAAGCUGUAUGCAUUCUGUGAUAAUGCUUCUGAACCUCUUUAAGCAAUCAUUUUAAACAAUCGUUCAGCGUUAAAAACGAGUGUUUUGGUUUACACUUCUAAAUUUACAAUUGUUACGUUUGUGAAUACUUAGAGAAUUAGGUCAUUUAAACACAUCCAGAGGUCCAUUAAAAUAUUUAAACACGCUAGUUAAAGUGAACUAGCCACAUUCAAACAAUCUUCAGAUGAACAUACAUGCUUACAGUGUCUAUAUAUGUAUGUAUUUGUCUGUAAAGCUAUGUUUUACAAUUCACAUGAAGGGAACUACUGAGCAGAUCAGUAAGCCAGUUUGUCUUUGUUAAUCAGUAUGUGAUGCUGGCAGCUUUAGUUGUAAUCAUCGGUGUGCUUUUACAUUCCAGAGAAAUAAAGGAUAAUUUGUCUCUUUGUAA